AUGGUGCCGUAUAACUCGCCUACUGUGGAAGGUGGGGUGUUCGCGUUGGACACUUGGUUUGGGCGGAGUUGGUAUAUGAACGCUCCGUUCUCCAAGUUGGAUGCUGGGGUCCAGAGGGUCAAGGCGGAUAGGGCCACUGCGACACUGGUCGUGCCGUAUUAUCCGGAGACUGCUUGGUUUAAGCAGAUGGUACCUUCGUUGGCGGAUACGCCGAUUGUGAUUCCGCCUGCGCAUGGGGUGUUCUUGAGGUAUGGGCGUGAGCCUAUGCCACCGCCGCCGUUUGUGACGUUGAUUUGUCAUCUCAGUCCGCGUUGUGAGAAGUUCACUUCGGCCGAGGGGUUUUGGGCGGCGGUGGAUGCGCAUCGACCUGUGACCAGUGCGUUGGUUAGGGCAUUGGCGAAUCGGCCGGAUGACUUGGAGUCUUGUAUAGUGCAGGAUCGAGUAGCUCCGGCAGUGGCUGGUGUUGUUGAGAAGCCGGUCCGUUGUGGCCAUGACCCCAGUUUGGGUGGUUUUGCCUUGAAACCGAUUGAGCAUGUGGUUGGGUCGUGUACUUUCAUGACGACUACUGUCAAGCCUGAUGAGUCGGUGUUGGAAGAGUCCGUGCGUCGGGCUGAGCGAGAGUAUGAUGUGCAUCGCGCGCGUGGAGUUGCUGUCAUGACUCGGGCGCAGAGGUUGCGGGCAUCUGCAGCUGGUGAGGAGCUGACUGUUGAGGAGUCGGUGUCGUUGUUGGU